AAGAGACAGCUUUCUGUCUGUUUACUGUAAAGAAAGCAAAGCAAACUACAGGAGGGGACAGGCUGCAGGAUAUUUACUGUCAAUACAGCCGGAGAGAGAGAGGAGAUAUAAGGAGAGGGGAGGAGAGGGGAGCAGAGGCUGCACACUGCAACCCAAAGGAAUGAUCUGAGUGUGAAAGUACCCAUGCAGUUUCAGGCGGAAAGUGGGUGGAUUGAAGUCAACAAGGGAUAGCUGAGAGUGUUUAACAAAUGCUUUAGUGAAGGGCUAGUGAGGCAGGGAAGUUCUUGUGGCACGCAGGAUAAUAAUGCUGUGCACGGGUGUACUGAAUCUGCAGUGCAAUCUGAAAGGUGCUUCCAGACCUGCCCUGAGACAGAGCAGUAGCUGGGAUAUUUUUGUGUGUGCCUGCAUGCAAGACCCACCAUUUAAAAGUAAUAAGAUGAAUCAUAAUGAUUGAACUUCAAAAAUAAUAAUUGGAGCUAGUUUUCCAGAGUAGCUGUAUGUCACCAUUGUAACUCAGACCAGAAAAAAGAUUAAAAAAAAAUAGGCGUACUUCCUUGCUUCUCUCUCCUCUUCUUCAUCCACAGAGGAAUUAGGUGACCUGAGCUUCGCAGGUCAAGGAGGCUCUGAGCAGCUUGCUCUGAGUGUCCCUCUACUUCCAGAGGCAGGUGAACGAGUGAAGAGUGAAUUCACACUUUAGAGAGCAGAGACGACCAUCUUGCCAUGAAACCAUUCACAGAUGAAGAUGUAGAAAUCUACAUCCAGAGCAAGGUGGAACAGAGAAAUUAUCUGGUUUCCAAAGUAGUGGAGGAGGUGCAGAAAAUCAUCCAGGAACUGACUGCAGAAAUCAGCUAUAAGGCUAUGCGAUUCCAGGCUAUCUCCAACUCUGGCAUUCACAAUGAGAAUAUUAAGGAUCAGCCAGCUUUAUUGGCCAAGUGGUCAGCUAUGCUUCGGGGGAAGCGCCCAUUCCACCCAUCCAUCCAGGUCUUAGCACCCAGCCAAUUUCUCAUCACAGUCCCUCUGCGUGGCCUGACUGGGUACAGGGAGUGCCAGGUACGGCACUGGCGUUAUUACACUGUGCAGGGAGCCAAGCUCCUCUCCUCCGUGCGGGACCCUGAGGAAUUGCAUCAAUGGCUAGAGGUGGAGCAGUUCUCAAAAAGCCUUCAGCAGUGGCAUGAAACGGACGUGAACAUCGAAGGUGACCUGGUUCCAGCCAAAGUCCUAAUCGUCUUCCGGGAGCUGGUGGAGAAGUCGAUUAUCUCCUGUAACCUCUCCAAUAAAGUGACGGUGCUGGAGAGCUUCAGCUCAGUAGUCCGGGUAGCUGUGGAGACAUCAGAACUCCAGGUCGAGGUGGAGCUGGUCCCUGCUGUGGAGAUUCCAACUUGCUGGCCCGAGAAAGCCCGGUGGCCUCGCUGCCUUAAGCGUUGGCCUUCCCAGGAAAAAGUGCAGUGCAUCAAGUCACUUGGUUUCGACCUUUUGGCCCGCUCCAAUUAUCACUGGCAGCUGUGCUUCUCCCGGGCUGAGCAUAUGCUGAUGGAAGGACUUGAUGAAGAUGGUGGUUGUCGCCUGAAGUGCUUCAGGGUCAUGAGGCAGAUGAAGGAAGAUGUCUGGUGUGCUGGAAAUAAGCCUGUCAUCACAGCUUAUCACCUUCAGACAGUGCUAUUCUGGACGUGUGAAAAAUACCCACGCACCAAGGAUUGGCGCUGCUUCCCUGAAGCCUUUCUGAGGCUGGUACAGAAACUGCACAAGUGUGUAAGCCAGCACUUCCUCAAGCAUUACUUUGUCAAGAACACCAAUCUGCUUAAAUAUGCCAACACCAGUGACCUGGACCUGGUGGCCAGCAAGCUCGCAGUCUUCUUGGAGAACCCUGUCUUCUGCCUGGACUAAGGCAGGAAAAGGUCUUCUCACCCCAACCCUGAGCUGAUCCCCCACCUUCUCUCCCCACCUGUGGUUGUUCUUCAUGUCCUUCCAGUAGAUGCUGCAGCUGGCUUUGUAAGACAGUUGGCACAUGCAGCGUGAAAGAGAAGUGUCAAGCUGGCAGCAGUGGGUGGUGCAAACUGAUGGGAGGUAUCGCUUGAUGCCCAGCUGAUCUAAUUUGCUUUCAACAGCGACAGCCUGCCUGGAAGCUACAGCCAGUGAAACCCAACUUUCUGUGUCAGUCAGAGCAACUGCCUUGUUCUCUUGUCUCUAGUCUUGUGGCACCUCAGCAGAAAGGCAGAGCAAUGAAGUCUCGCCCUGCUGCCUACUGGCUGUGUAACCUAG